AUGAAACCUACCAUAGAAAAUAUACCUAUUACUGUCGAAGGUCAAAUAGAUAUUCUUUUAAAACUAAUAGAGCAAUAUGCACCUAUUUUGGCUCCUAGUCCAAAGAUUUGUAAAAUUGAUUAUACUAAACUUAGUAAAUUAUCAAAUAAUCCAUCUAACGAUGUUUGUACUUUAUGCCUUAAUAUAUUGGAUUUAAAUACUCUAGUCAACUCGCUAUUAAGAGAUGACACAUCAUUAUAUACUCAUUUUCUUCAAGUAAAUGGUAUAGAUCCACUAAAUCAAAUGAACUUCCAACAUUGUAUAACAAUUGUAAUGAAUAUUCAGGCAUUAUCUAGGUAA